AUGUCGUUGAUUGCAGUAGGUGCAUGCUAUGUUGACACAAUCUUAACGAUCCCUCACUAUCCAGGAGAAGAUGAGAAACUGCGUGCCUCACAUAUUACUCGUCGACGGGGAGGAAAUUGCCCAAAUACACUAGAGGUGCUCCAGCAACUGGUAGCACAUAGUUCGUCCCCCUCGAAGAUCUCCCUGCAUCUGGUUGCAGUUCUUCCUUCAAAAACGUCCAUUGCCUCGCAGCAGAUUGUUUCAGCAUUCGAGCCUGGCGUUCGAUUGGAUCAUUGUAUUUAUCGUGAGGAUUUCAGUGAGCCAGCGUCAAGUUACAUCAUCAAAAGCCAGUCGUCUGGGAGCAGGACGAUUGUGAACUACAAUGAGCUCCCAGAAAUGACAAUUCAGGAGUUCGAAGCCAUUGCAGACCAAAUUGGUGCUCAAGCUACCUGGUAUCACUUCGAGGGCCGGAUUCCAGAAGUAACACUAGCUUGCAUCUGUUAUCUUCGUCAACAAUACUCCUCCGUUCGAAUCAGUGUUGAAGUUGAGAAGCCUGCACGCCCAGGCUUACAAGAGCUGGCUAUGGAGGCCGACGUGGUCUUCUAUUCGAAGAGUUGGGCUCAGGGACAAGGUUAUGCUUUUGCUGAGGAAUGUCUACAGAAGCAAUCAAAUUUAACAGCCAACGCGACCCUUCUUUGUUGUACAUGGGGCCAGGAUGGUGCUGUUGCUCUAGACACGGUAUCUGGCAAUAUCAUACACAGUCCCGCAUACACAGCCUCAGAUUUUAAAGUUGUGGACUCUAUCGGUGCCGGCGACACAUUCAAUGCUGGAAUGUUGUACACAUUGCUUUGUCGAGAAGAUUGGGGCCUCACAAAAAAACUACGCUUCACGAAUCGACUUGCAGGGACGAAAGUAGGACAGGAAGGUUUCUCGAACCUUGAUAAAGUGUUAGAUCAUUUUUCUUGA